GGCCAAGAUGGCGGCGGAGCUGGUGGAGGCCAAAAACAUGGUGAUGAGUUUUCGAGUCUCGGACCUUCAGAUGCUUCUGGGCUUCGUCGGGCGGAGUAAGAGUGGGCUGAAACACGAACUGGUCACGCGGGCCUUACAGCUGGUCCAGUUUGACUGUAGCCCCGAGCUGUUCAAGAAGAUCAAGGAGUUGUAUGAGACACGCUACGCCAAGAAGAACGCGGAGCCUGUCCCACAGCCCCACCGGCCCUUGGACCCCCUGACCAUGCACUCGGCCUAUGACAGGGCCAGCACGCUGCCCAGGACACCCCUCUCGGGGCCCAACAUUGACUAUCCUGUGCUGUAUGGGAAAUACUUAAACGGACUUGGACGGUUACCCGCCAAAACCCUCAAGCCAGAAGUUCGCCUGGUGAAGUUGCCCUUCUUUAACAUGUUGGACGAACUGCUGAAGCCGACAGAGUUAGUCCCACAGAACAGCGAGAAGCUUCAGGAGAGCCCAUGUAUUUUCGCGUUGACGCCGAGGCAGGUGGAGCUGAUCCGGAACUCCAGAGAGCUGCAGCCAGGGAUCAAAGCCGUGCAGGUGGUUCUGAGAAUCUGCUACACAGACACCAGCUGUCCUCAGGAGGAUCAGUACCCGCCCAACAUUGCCGUCAAGGUCAACCACAGUUACUGCUCCGUCCCGGGCUACUACCCCUCCAACAAGCCAGGCGUGGAGCCCAAGCGGCCUUGCCGGCCCAUCAACCUCACCCACCUCAUGUACCUGUCGUCUGCCACCAACCGCAUCACCGUGACCUGGGGCAACUAUGGCAAGAGUUAUUCCGUGGCCCUGUACCUGGUACGGCAGCUGACCUCAUCGGAGCUGCUACAAAGGUUGAAAACCAUCGGGGUCAAACACCCGGAGCUGUGCAAAGCCCUGGUUAAAGAGAAGCUGCGUCUGGACCCCGACAGCGAGAUCGCCACCACAGGCGUGCGGGUCUCCCUCAUCUGCCCACUGGUGAAGAUGCGGUUGUCAGUGCCCUGCCGUGCGGAGACCUGUGCCCACUUGCAGUGCUUCGAUGCCGUCUUCUACCUCCAGAUGAACGAGAAGAAGCCCACCUGGAUGUGCCCUGUGUGCGACAAGCCCGCCCCCUACGACCAGCUCAUCAUCGAUGGGCUCCUCUCCAAGAUUCUGAGUGAGUGCGGAGACACAGAUGAGAUCGAGUUCCUGGCCGAUGGCUCCUGGUGCCCUAUCCGUGCGGAAAAGGAGAGGAGCUGCAGCCCCCAGUGCCCCAUCCUGGUCCUCGGCCCGUCGGAUGCCAAUGGGCUCCUUUCCACCCCCAAUAUCAACGGAGGUGGGGGUGGCAGCAGCGUGGCCAGUGGCCCAAGCGGCGGGAGCAGUGUAGUCAGUGGUGUUGAGAAUGGGAAGCCGAGCACGGACGUGGUGGACCUCACGCUGGAUAGCUCGUCAUCGUCAUCGGAGGAAGAAGAGGAGGAAGAAGAUGAAGAGGAGGAAGAUGAAGAAGGCCCCCGGCCCAAGCGCCGCUGCCCUUUCCCGAAGGGCCUGGUGUCGGCCUGCUGA